GUGAAGUAAUCUUCUGUUUUAGUGUUUACAAAUUAUCUCAAAAAAAUAUUCAUUGUUAUCAAAAAACACAGAGUAAAACCCCAUUAUGGCAAAUAUUGCCGCCGCAAGAAUACAGAGGGAGUUUAAAGAAGUUGUUAAAAGUGAAGAGGUAGCCAAAUGCAGCAUUAAGGUGGAACUAGUUAAUGACUCUUACAGUGAACUGCGAGGAGAAAUAGCUGGACCUCCAGAUACCCCAUAUCAAGGAGGAAACUUUCAUUUGGAGAUAAAAAUUCCAGAAACUUACCCUUUUAAUCCUCCAAAGGUGAAGUUUCUCACAAAGAUUUGGCAUCCAAAUAUCAGUUCAGUGACUGGAGCUAUUUGCUUAGAUAUCUUAAAAGACCAGUGGGCUGCUGCUAUGACCCUCCGGACUGUCCUCCUAUCUCUACAGGCAUUGUUAGCCGCUGCUGAACCUGAUGAUCCACAGGAUGCAGUCGUAGCCAAACAAUAUAAAGAAAAUAAUGAGAUUUUCAAGAAAACUGCUCGACAUUGGACAUACACAUAUGCUGGAGGUCCACAGAGGGAGACUGAUUAUGAAGCUAAGAUACAACAAGUGAUGAAUAUGGGAUUUGAUGAGCACAAGGCAAGGGUAGCACUGUCAUCGCAUAACUGGGACAUAGAAAGAGCAACAGAAUUCUUACUAAGUUAGUAACAUUAACUUAUUAGCUAUUGGAGAAUACAAGAAUGUGAUGAGGAUGCAUGAGUGAGGAGAAACAAGGGCAACAAAACGACAGGAUAAUGACUUUACGAAAGUUAACACUGCUUCUCAAGUCAUCAUUUGUCAUGAAUGUGUAUUGAACGUGAAUUUCACAUCACAUUGUAUAAAUUGAUGACUUUGUUUAUGUGAGAAUGAUAACAGUUAUUUACAGAUAAAAUGUUUACAGUUAAACACUUGUGAUAAGGGACAACCCCCAUUCUUACAUGGUAGGGGUCUAUUUUUAUUAUUAUUAUUAAAUAUUGGAGUUCAUUACAUUUUGAAUGAGAAACUACAAAGAUACUUUCCCAGGUGGUUGACAAACAUAUACAAGUGCAUGUAUUUAAAAUAGUUUAAAAUUUUUAUUCAUGCAUGAUUGUGUCAUACAACUCCAUACUGAAAAAAAAAUAGAUUGCUUAUGUGCAGUGUUUGCAUGCAUGAAUUUCAAUAUAGAUAAGACAAGAUUGUCAUUUGAAAUCAUAACAGUCAGUGCUAAGUGAGCAUCAGGAUCUUCAAAAGACAACUGAAGAGAAAUGUUUGACUCAUCAGGUCUGUGAAAAACCUACAAUCACAACUACAGAUAUCAAAAACAAAAGAUUCAGGGUUUUCCUCGCAUAAUCAGUGGGAUGAAUCUAUUUUCAGCUAGGUAAAGCAAAGGUUAUAGCUUCAGCCUUUGAAGUGAAU